AUGUCAUCCCGUAUAAUUAGACGCCCGCGGGAUGAGUUGGCGAGAAGCGACUGCUCGGUUUGUUCAUUUCAUACUCAUUCUCGUGAAUUCAUCGCAAAUAAGAAGCUUUUUUUGGCUGUUAACUUUGAUUAGUUAAUUUUUAAAGGUUUGUCGCGCCCCAAACUCUGGAUUCCACUUUGGAGCCUUCGCCUGCGCCGCUUGUUCGGCUUUUUUCCGCCGAACAAUCGCAGAAAAAAGGGCGUAUAUUUGUAACCGUGGGAAUCGAUGUAUUAUUAUGCAAGGUACCGGAAAAUUCGCUUCCAAGCCUUAGCUUUUUGCAGCAAAAAUUUAAGGGCGUCGUACAACUUGUAGAGCCUGCCGUUUGUUGAAAUGCCUCGCCCAAGGCAUGAAUCCGGAAUGUUUGUGAUUAUUUUUUUGAUAAAUUGAUCUUCUAUACUUACAGGUGUUCAGCCGCACCGUGAUUCAUUGAUACCGAAUCCUGGUGAUGGAUCAGAGAAACGAGAAUCGGAAAGCCGUGAGAACGAUUUUGAGCAAGUUUUGGACGAAGAGCCGAAUUCUACUCAAGAUCAAUUGCAAAAUAGUUUAAAGAAUCUUGUCGGAAGGUAUAGUUUAUUCAGAACGGAUUUUUUGGGUUCUUCUUCUUUUUAUUUUCCUUUUUUUAGAAAGAUUCAUUAUCUAUCUUCAUUACAGAGGUCCUAUUGAAGUUGUUGCACUUGAUUCGGAUUUUCAAGCUUCUGAAACUCUCUGUUAUAACCCGGAUACUCCGGUUGAUGGUCGUUUAUCUUCUCUUGAUUUGCCAGGUUUUCAAGGAUUUUCCAUUCGAAAAAAAAUUUUUUUUGAAAAGAAGGUUCCACAGUAAUUUUGCGAGAAUUAUAGCUUUCUUUCUGAUUCCGGUUUAAAAAUAACUUUUGAAGAAGAUUAGAAGAUGCUAGAAAUUUUAUUUAACGAAUUUUUUUUCGAUGAAAAUAGGAAUUGUCAAAAAUCGUGCUUUCUUAGAGCUUAAUUUUUGCCUCCUAAUUUUCUAAUUUCGCCGAAAAAGGCUGCAAAACUAAAUUCAGGACCCUCUCUGCCGUCGAGAAACACUUCAGUGAUCCCUACCGCUUCAAAUGUAGUUGAACAUUUUGUCGCCAAUUAUCGAAGGCUGAUGGAGCGGCGCCGAAUGUUCUAUUGUCCGAAUUCCUUGAGCGACAUCCUUGGCGGAACUCCCGCGGUACGAAUAUCGCACAGAAAAAGUCUGAGAAAUCUAGAAAAGCCUUAAAAAAAACUCUCAUAGGCAAAGGGUUCCCUUAAUUGUUCCUAAACGGGUUGCAACGGUUUCCUUUUCACUGCCUUUUUUCAUCCUUUCAUCGGCCUUUUUCCACCCUUUUUGGACCCAUUUGAGAAACACAACACUUUAUAAACUGAGAAUGAUCUUUACCAGGGGCUUUGUAUGAACCAAAAUGAGCUACAGUAAUAAAAUAGAAAAUUACCAAUGGCACCCUUUCUUCACCCUUUUUGCGGCCCUUUUUCCACCCUAUUUAAGGCUUUUUAGCCCACUAAGAAUGAGAGGCUUAAUAAAGGCCGCAAAACGGAACCCUUUUAUCGUCCAUUUCGCACCCGUUUUCCACAAUUCCGACUUUGGCAGCUUUGCUUUCUUUAAAUGGCGUCUUCCUUCAUAGUUUCAGAGAAUUUUCUGUGCUUUUCAUUCAUUUUCGCGAUCAUCAAGAAAUAUAAUUUUUAGGAACCUCGUCCAGCAAUUUUCAAGACAAAGUUCGCCCCCGGAAAAGUUCGCUUCGAGCUGUGCAAUUUUAUCGAGUUGCUCAAUUCAGCUGAAGCUUUUGCUUCCCUGAAUCACGAGACCAAGGUUUUCAUCUUUCAGUUUUCAUAGAAUCUUAUUUUUCUCAAAGAUAGCCAUUGUGAGAAACGGCGCGGUCCAGUUCACCGUUUUUGAACGAUAUUUCAACUCUGUGAAGCUCGGCGGCGUGGAAUUGAACAGGUGUUGAAAGCUUGUGAUUAUCUAAAAUCAAGUUUUGUGUUUCAAGAAUAAUGUCCCCGGAUGGAGCUUACAUCGACUUGACGAACAACGGGGCGCAGUACGAGGUCGAACUUCUGGAGGGCGUCAUUGAUCACGAGACUUUUUUGAAGUAAAUUUUUGACUGUGUGUUCGAUUUUCUGAAAAAAGGCGGACUUUAUGAUUAGUUACAAACAAAAAUUUUGGAAUUUCUUGCUAAUAAUUGAAUAAUGCUUCAGAAGCAUAUGCAAAGUCGGAAAAGGGCCCAUAGAAAUAUUCCUUCUAGGAUGAAAAAGGCUUUUUUUGCUGCCUUUUUGCGCCAUUUCACCGGCUAUUUAGCACCAUUUUUGCUGCCUCUCUCUUUUCCACCAUUUCUUGAGCCUUUAAAAUUAAAAUGAAAGACUCGAUAAAAGGACUUUUUUUGCUGCCUUUUUGCGACCUUUUUUGAGUCUCUCCUUUUUUUUUAGGAUAUUUCCUUUCAAGCGACCAUUAUCCACCAUGCUAAUUUUAUAUGCCAGUUUUUUUUAUUGAAUUUUCAGUUUUUACUGUAAAGAACUUUUCGCUCCGAGACCAAGAUCUCUAUAAAAAGCUGAUCCACUGAAUCCACGAAAGAUUAUUUUUACCGGAUUUUUUUUUCGCUCUUUCACAGUCGCUUCUAAAAGACCUUUUUUUAUUAUUUUCGAUCACCUAUUCAAAAUCGAAAAGUAAAAUUGAUGAUUUCAAAACGAGUAACACAAUUUUUAGAAGCUCUUUGUGUUUUAUAUGUUGAAGUAAAGUAGCGAGAAUACAUUCUGUCUCAAAUUUGGUUUUUUAUUAGUAGUCCCAGCCGAUAAAUUCUGUUUUCUUGAAGAGUCUUCUACACGCCGAUCCGCGAAAGCCUGUACAGUUUCGACAGCGCCAUGAAGCAUGCCGAAAUGAGCGAAGUCGACUUUUGCGCUGUCUCGGCUGUAUUCUUAUUCGAUCCUUGUUCGUUUUGUCGAAAAAUGAAAGACUUAUUUAUGUUUUUCUAGAUGCCCCAAAUCUGCCUCUAGAAUCUUGCCGCGUCAUGGAGGAACUUCGAGAUCGGUUCUAUAGAGAUUGGUUUCGUCAUUAUGAAGAGCAAGGUCUUUCCAUUGAUGAGGUUUUAUUCAUUAUCAUAUUAACAUUUAUUUAUAUUUUAUUGCUUGUUUAUACAUUGACGUAGAAACGUAUAGUACGUUGUAAUAAUUAUUAGAGAAAGAUUUCAUACAAGACUUUUUGAUAGUUUUUUGCCUUGGGAAAAGUCGAAAUGGUGGAUCAUGGCUGCUAAAAGUAAGAGGCUCAGAAAAGACAGCAAAAAGGGUACCUUUAUCGAUCCUUCCACUUUUUCUGGGUUUUCAAAGGCUCAAGAAAUGGUGGAAGGCAGCGAAAAUGGUGCAUAAGAGCCAAUGUCGCAAAAAGGGGACAUUUCUAUGGAGAUUUUUUCCACCUUUCCGACUUUGUCACUGAAAGAAUUUUGUAUUAGAAUCUUGUUGAACUAUCCUUUUUCUUCCCAGUUCUCGUUAUUUUAGAAUUUGAACGCCAUUUUGAGAGACUUGAGCCUAUUCAUUUUGCGAAUAUGUUGAUAUAUCAGCUAAUGCCGUGGAUUUUGAAACCUUAGUUCUUUCAAGCUUUCAAGCUUUCAAAUUUUCAGAUUUCUCUUCGAAUCGGAAACUCGCUUCUCGUUCUGCCGGCCCUGAAGCCGAUCUUGGCCAGAUGUCGCGAAAAUUUUUGUAUCAUCCGCUUCUUCGGUAUCCUUGAUUAUGACCGCCUUAUUGACGACUUGAUGUGA